AGAGUCAACCACGCAGCGCUGCAGUCCGCUGCAGUUGCGUCUAGCUUGUUGUCAGACUUGGCAGUGUCUUCCGAGCGGUUAACGUGCUUCGAAUAUCCGUCGGACGGGCGAGCGAAAGACGAUUGAGGAGCCAUCGAACCACGUUCACUCCUCGAGAUAAUUUAUUAGCCCCCACAAGUGCUCGAGCUCGUGAAGAGCAUUCUUCCAAAAAUGAGUGGCUCGGUCACUUUUCUUCUGAUUUCAACGCUGGUUGCCGGAGCCCUAUCGCAAGGAACGACAAGUGGAGGCGGAGGGCUCUUCGGAACGCAAACGGCCCUCCGGCCGCAGUCCAUCACCGGUCUCAUCAAUUUGCUCCGAUAUCAAAAUCAGUCAUGUGAAGGCAGGAACAACCAAAACGGAACCUGUCUCGGAGAAGCCGAUUGCCUCGAGCGCAAGGGAACCGAAGUGAACCGAUGUGCUAACGGUUUCGGCGUGUGCUGCUAUGUCUCUUUCACCUGUGGAAAAUCGACGUCGAACAACGAAACCGAGUUCGUGAACCCCCACUACCCCAACGGCGAGAAUGGUACCGACACCUGUCAGGUCACCAUCGAAAAGCAACCGAACGUCUGUCAACUCAGACUGGACUUCCUCGAGUUCUCGCUUGCUCAACCCGACGAGAAUGGACAAUGUAUCACGGAUUCGUUCAUGGUCAGGACAACCGUCGGUGAAAGGCUUCCGAUUCUCUGCGGUGAGAACGCUGGACUCCACCUCUACGUCGACAUGGGCCGAAGCAGUGGAAACCCUGUCGUUUUGAGUGUUGUCAGCAACGGCGCCAUCAUGCUCCGGCGCUGGAGAAUCCGAAUCUCGAUGAUUCAGUGCAAUUCUUUGGAUAUCGCCCCCGCGGGUUGCCUGCUUUACUACCGCAGCCCCCAGGCCAUCGUUCGAUCGUUCAACUACGGCGCUAAGGUCGACAACCGAGUUCGGUACCUCUCCAAUCUCCGGUACUCGAUCUGCAUCCGAGUCGAGGAGAAUUUCUGCUCGAUCAAAUGGGAGACCGAGACCAACAACUCGUUCUCGUGGGGCAAACCCCUGCAGAGCGGCGCCUCCGGACCCGAAUGCAAUGUUGACGAUUUCAUCGGCAUCGACAGUGGAUCCACCCUCGGGGAGGGCGCUGGACAAGACCGUUUCUGUGGAACCAUGCUCGGCGAGGAGAACGUCAUUAUUUCUCACAGCAAACCCUUCCUCUUGAAAGUGAAAUCCAACCACGCCGCAUCCGACAAUGCCGCAAACGGACAAUACGGUUUUUCGCUCAGAUACACGCAGUUGCCAUGCGUCAUUUAAGUUAUUGAAGCAGCCUCGAUCGGAGGGAUAUUAGCACAACAAUAUUUUAAAUUAUUAAACGACGGAAUAAAACAUCUCAGUA